GUAUGUUUUUUAUGAUUUUGUAGUGGGGUUGCUGAGGUGGUUAGUUGUUGAUUCUAGGCUGGACAUGGAGGUUACCACUAUCCAACUCUUAAGGUUUUUUCUGGCACUUCUCAGUCUUUGUGUCCAUGGCCAUAUUGGAAGUGUUGCUGGCUUUGUCAGGAUUGGAGGUUAUCCUGUAUACAACGAGGCUGGUCUCCCCAUGCAGGAUGUGAAACCACAGAGUUCCAAUAGCUGGUAUGGCCAUGAACAUGUAUCAGAUCCCAUUAGUCCUCGAAGAUCUAAUAUCACUUACAGUGCCGCACAAGUUAAGGGUGUGAAUAGCAGUGUAAGCUAUAGUCCUCAAAAUGGCUCUUCUGGUUUUGGACCAAUCACUGUGUAUAAUCCUGGUUCUGACUCUGAUGCUACAAGUCAAGGAUCUCUAGUGUCUUCAGCUGGUAGUGGCAGUCUUGUACCCACUGCAGUGGCCACGGAAUCAGAAAGUAUGAGCAUUGAAUCUCUACCCAAGCCAGCGCGGCUCAACUAUCAAACUUUAAGGCAGUCUAGUAGUGAGUCUGUGGCAUCUAGUAGCCAGCAACUAGUGCAGACCAGCUCCCAGUCCAGUGGCCAAUUAGUGCGAGUCCGCUACCAGUCUUCAUUGCAGCCUAUUGUCAAGCCUCAUAAAAGUAGACUUCAAGCUGGUUCCAGGAUAUUUUCUGGUACCAGGCCAGUGCAGACUUCAAGUUCCACCUUUUUCGUAAAGCCUUUGCAGCAAAGAAGUGAGUCCUCGCAACCCAGCUAUCAGUUAGGACAAGGCAGCUAUGGGUCUGGACUUGUGCCAUUGCUCAGUGGGCAGCAACUAGUGCAGUCAAGCAACGAUUCCACAGUUCAGCCUAAUGAUGUGCAACUAGCACAGGCAAGAUUCCAACCUGUGGCCCUGCUCAGCCUCCAACAAUCAGCUCAAGCCAGCAGCCAGAACUUGGAACAAGCGGUCUCUCAAUCUGUGGACCAAUCCAGUGGCCUGCCAUCAGCACAAGCCAGCCACCAGUCUGUGGACCAAUCCAGCAUCCAACACCAAGCCCAAUCCAGCCCACAGUCUGUGGACCAGUCCAGUUCUCUGCCAUCAGCACAAGCCAGCCACCAGUCUGUGGACCAGUCCAGCAUCCAACACCAAGCCCAAUCCAGCUCACAGUCUGUGUCCAGGCCCAGUGACCUGCAGUCAGCAGAAGCCAGCUACCCAUCUGUCCAGCCCAGUGGCCUGCAGUCCGCACAAGCCUCUUACCAGUCUGUGUCCAGGCCCAGUGGCCCACAACCAGGACAGGCCCUCUACCAGUCUGUGUCCCAGCCCAGUGGCCUGCAGUCAGCACAAGCCAGCUACCCAUCUGCUGUCCAGCCCAGUGGCCUGCAGUCCGCACAAGCCUCUUACCAGUCUGUGUCCAGGCCCAGUGGCCCACAACCAGGACAGGCCCUCUACCAGUCUGUGUCCCAGCCCAGUGGCCUACAGUCAGCACAAGCCAGCUACCCAUCUGCUGUCCAGCCCAGUGGCCUGCAGUCAGCACAAGCCAGCUACCCAUCUGCUGUCCAGCCCAGUGGGCUGCAGUUAGCACAAGCCAGCUACCCAUCUGUCCAGCCCAGUGGCCCACAACCAGGACAGGCCCUCUACCAGUCUGUGUCCCAGCCCAGUGGCCUGCAGUCAGCACAAGCCAGCUACCCAUCUGCUGUCCAGCCCAGUGGGGUGCAGUUAGCACAAGCCAGCUACCCAUCUGCGGUCCAGCCCAGUGGCCUGCAGUCCGCACAAGCCAGCUACCCAUCUGCUGUCCAGCCCAGUGGGCUGCAGUUAGCACAAGCCAGCUACCUUUCUGUGGUCCAGCCCAGUGGCCUGCAGUCAGCACAAGCCAGCUACCCAUCUGCUGUCCAGCCCAGUGGCCCACAACCAGGACAGGCCCUCUACCUGCCUGUGUCCAGGCCCAGUGGCCCACAACCAGGACCGGUCCUCUACCAGUCUGUGUCCAGGCCUAGUGGCCCACAACCAGGACAGGCCCUCUACCAGUCUGUGUCCCAGCCCAGUGGCCUACAGUCAGCACAAGCCAGCUACCCAUCUGCUGUUCAGCCCAGUGGCCUACAGUCAGCACAAGCCAGCUACCCAUCUGCUGUCCAGCCCAGUGGCCCACAACCAGGACAGGCCCUCUACCAGUCUGUGUCCCUGCCCAGUGGCCUGCAGUCAGCACAAACCAGCUACCCUUCUGUUGUCCAGCCCAGUGGCCUGCAGUCAGCACAAGCCAGCUACCCAUCUGCUGUCCAGCCCAGUGGGCUGCAGUUAGCACAAGCCAGCUACCCUUCUGUGGUCCAGCCCAGUGGCCUGCAGUUAGCACAAGCCAGCUACCCUUCUGUGGUCCAGCCCAGUGGCCUGCAGUCCGCACAAGCCAGCUACCCAUCUGCUGUCCAGCCCAGUGGGCUGCAGUUAGCACAAGCCAGCUACCCAUCUGCUGUCCAGCCCAGUGGCCCACAACCAGGACAGGCCCUCUACCUGCCUGUGUCCAGGCCCAGUGGCCCACAACCAGGACAGGCCCUCUACCAGUCUGUGUCCAGGCCCAGUGGCCUGCAGUCAGCACAAGCCAGCUACCCUUCUGUGGUCCAGCCCAGUGGCCUGCAGUCCGCACAAGCCAGCUACCCAUAUGCUGUCCAGCCCAGUGGCCUGCAGUCUGCACAAGCCUCUUACCAGUCUGUAUCCAGGCCUAGUGGCCCACAACCAGGACAGUCCCUCUACCAGUCUGUGUCCAGGCCCAGUGGCCUGCAGUCAGCACAAGCCAGCUACCCAUCUGCUGUCCAGCCCAGUGGCCUGCAGUCAGCACAAGCCAGCUACCCAUCUGCUGUCCAGCCCAGUGGCCCACAACCAGGACAGGCUCUCUACCAGUCUGUGUCCAGGCCCAGUGGCCUGCAGUCAGCACAAGCUCAUUACCGGACUGUUCAACAACCAGGACAGGCCCUCUACCAGUCUUUGUCCCAAUCCAGUAGCCAGCAGCCAGCACAAAUCCACUACCAAUCUGUGUCCCAGCAGCCUGUAUUCCAGGUCUUUUCUGUGCCAGAGCAGUCAAGUUAUGGGUCUCAUUCCAGUCUUGGUUCCCAAUCUCUAGAGCAACCCAGUAAUGUACCUCUUUCUUCAAGCCAGGAGUCUGUGACGCAGUCUUUCAAGCCUGGCUUUCAAGAUCCAGCACCUCCACACUCUCAGACUACUCAAAAUGUUUCUCUAGGCAUAUUGAAGUUGUUACAACAAGUGAAGUCUUAGCUGCUUUCUUUGCUGCUUUUUGUUAACUUGGCCUUUUUGUUUUUGAAAAAUAAAUAAUUUA